GGGGUGGCUCCUAUGAAAAAAAAACAACGCAGGGCGGCAGGCUGCAAAUAGACCAGGAGACGGAGGAAAGAUGGCCCUGUUGCGAGGGCUUUUGGUGUGUAGCGUACUCUUGCUCAGUUGUAUCUGCAAGCAGGCGCUCGGGACCAGGCUCCUCGGGGGACGGGAGAAUGCUUCCCCGGAGGAAGCGGACGUCCGUACGGCCCUUGAAUUUGCCAUGAACGAAUACAACAGAGGCAGCAAUGAUAUGUAUAACAGUCGCGUAUCCGAAGUGGUCGAAGUCCAAAAACAGAUUGUCAGCGGAAUUAAGUAUUACUUCACUGUUAAGAUUGGACGUACAGUUUGCCGUAAGGGAGCAUCUGACCUUGAAAAUUGUGCAUUUCAUAACACACCUAAACUGGCACAGACAAUGACUUGCACUUUUGAGGUUUACAAUAUUCCUUGGAGAAACAUCAUUUCCCUGGAAAAAAAUACCUGCGCCUAAAAACACACCUGGUUUCCUACAAAUCAGCUUUCUACUAUUCUGAUCCUAUGUCUCUAGUUAAAAUGAGUAACAAUCCAGUCACAUUUUCAAGUGAGAAUUUUUGCCGCUAAUUCAGCAACGCUUCUGCGUUUGUAAAGCAAGUACUUUCCUGUAAUUUUCCUUUUAGAAUACUUUAUAAACAUGUCAUCUUAUUUUGCAAGCAUGGGUUGUGCCGUAGCAGAGAAAAAUCACAUUAAAGGUUUUCUUGUCAAAUGUUAA